AUGUACAUUAGCUGUUGCUGUUAUUUUUCUUCAGGUGUGUUUGGUGAUGUUUCAGAUGAAGUGUCAGUGUCAGUGAUGGAGGGAGAUUCAGUCACACUGAUUUAUGUUGAAACAAAUAAACAAGAAGAUAUUAAAUGGUAUUUCAAUGACACUCAAAUUGCUGAAAUCGCUGGAAAUCACAGUAAGAUCUAUACAGAUAAUCAGGAUAAAGAGAGAUUUGGAAAUAGACUGCAGGUGAAUCAGACUGGAUCUCUGACCAUCACAAACAUCACAAACACAGACUCUGGAGAAUAUAAACUACAGAUCAACAGCAGCAGUGAAAACAUCUUCAAUGUUACUGUCAAUGAUGUUCCUGCUGCUGAACUACAUGAAAUAAAGAGAAAAUCAGUGAAAGAGGGAGAAUCUGUCACUUUAGAUCCUGAAAUAGUAAAAAAUCCAAAUGAUACAAUGAAAUGGUAUUUUAAUGAGAUUCUCAUCGCUGAAAUUACUGGAGAUCAGAGUAAGAUCUGUUCAGAUGUUCAGUGUAAACAGAGAUUCAGAGACAGACUGAAGCUGGAUCAUCAGACUGGAUCUCUGACCAUCACAAACACCAGAGCCACAGACACUGGAGAAUAUAAACUACUGAUUAUCAGCAGCAGAUUCAGCAUCGUUAGAAAUUUCGGGAUCACUGCUACUAUCGAUGUCUCAGGUUUGUCUGCAGGUGCUAUCGCAGGAAUUGUGAUUGCUUGUGUUGUGCUAAAUGCUAUGUGUGGUGGUUUCAAUUUGGUGCUCUUCCACUAACAUAAAUG